CUCCCUCUCUCAUUCCCUCUCUCCACUGCCAGAGAGAGAGAUGAUCGGAGGAGCGGAGUCUCAGUGAACAGAGCGAAGCGAUGGAGAGAUGCUCCAUCUCUCCUGUCGCACGACUGACCGCCCUCCGCUGCCUCGUCUCCCUCCUCCUGGUUGCUCUGGUGACACAGCCCUCCACCUGUAACCGUGACGACAGCGAGGGCGAGGAGCAGGUGGACGCCCUGUCUGUCCAGCUGUCCGUCACGGCCCAGGUCACACCCACCCCUCUGUGGGCGGUGGACUGGGGUCCCACGCAGCCUCUGGAGGAAGAGACCUACCACUUCCUCUCCAGCCAGGAAACUGACCCCCUGCACCAGCAUGGGAACCAGCUGGAGGCAAGCACCGCCAAGUCAGACUGGCCUGCAAGCGUGCAGCCCCGGGAGGAAGCACCGCUGGAGUCUAAGGACCAGGAGGGAGUGGAGGAUGGAGGGACGGAGGCGGAGGAGACGGAGCCUGAGGAAGUGGACCCUCAGUUCUACGUCACCGUGACCAUCUCCUCGCUGCUCAUCCUGACGGCAGUCGUCAUUACAGCCAAACUCUGUUACGAUCGCAGCUGCUCCCAGCAUCCACCCCCGCUUUCCCGUGGCGUGGCCCCCCCACUCUCCCUCGCACUCCCUCGCUCCCUCGCUUCGGAGGACAGCCGGCAGACGCUGCACAGCACCUCCUCCUCCUUCACCGACAGGGAGAGGAUCCCGGUUGUGAACCUCUGAGGUGACUGUUUUUCCAUAUGGUAAACAUUUCUACGGGGCCUGAGGAGGAACAUCAACACGACCAGAGGGUGUGCCCGCGGCGCCGUUUUAUUUUCUCUGAAACUGUGAAAUGAAUGCAGGGGUCCCAGGUAUCCAGCCAUCUCCUCGGCUUCCCUGAGGUCUUAAAAACCCAAACACGUCCCCCCCGUGCUGCUCCCUCCCUCCCUCCCUCCUUCCUUCCUUCCUUCCUUCCUUCCUUCCUGGUUAUAAAUUUCUUUCAUGUGGCACUGCGUCACUGUAACCUGCUCCCUGUUUUCCAUCCCCCCUGUAUGGCCCCAAGCUCUGCCAAGCCAACCAACAGCUCUGCGCUUCGACCCGCCAUGACUAAUUCACAAACAAGCAGUUUAACACACCUGCAAAAUCCCAUUACCCCUGAAAUGCCCUACCUGUGCUUCCACAGCUGCUUCCAGUGAUUCAGCUGCACACGUGAAGCUGAUCAGUAUUCAUUUUAAUCCAGCAGACUGUUCUGUCAUGAAAUGACACUCAGUUUCACUUCAGUCGGACAGGCUUGUGUCUGGUUCGCAAAUGGUUAAAAAGCCAUUCUCAGCAUCUCCAAACACUGAACGGGGUAUUUCACAAAGCUGUUUGGCACGGCUGUAGCCAACAGGCAAUGUGUUUAACAUGUCACGCUCCAAAAACUGCUGUUUAUUCCCCGCUUUGGGAGCCUGAAAUGCAAAUAGUGUGGCUUUUUUCCUCUGCAGUGUGUAGAGGAGUCUGUUUUGUUUCAGUUUUUCCUCAUGAUUUGUUUUCUUAAUUAUCUGGCUGACGUUCACCUCUUUGUCGAGCCUUUGUGAGCACCCUCUGUUCCUGCUGGACUGUGUUAGAGGUGUGUUAAGCAUAGAGUACUUCCAGCGGUGGAGAUAAAAUAUUCAGAGCGGGAAUGGAUAGAAGAGACAUUCCUGUUGAAAAUCAAUGAUUCCCGAAGGUUUUGGAUGGUGCACAACAAAGACAGAUUUAUGUCGUCAUGGAAAUGAGCAUCUGUGAUCAAAGGACUGAUGUUGCCACAACAAGGAUUUUUUUUCCACCUGACAGCCAAGUAUCUCAAACUGGAAAGCAAAAGCACCAUAAUUUCCCUUCAUAUCAUUUUUCUGUCUUGGGAGCACCAAAGGAGAAGUAGUACAUCAAGGAGCAUCAUUUCUGUCUCUCCGAUGAAUCUGCAUGUAUACAGUGAGAAAACCUGUGAGAGUAGUUUCAAAUCUAUUAUUUAUAAAUGUCUAUUUUAUCUAUCAGUGAGUGACGUCUUAUAGAACCUUUCAAAGCCAAAUGGCAGUUUGUGUUUGGCAACUUUUUCUAAGCAGCUUUGAAACAUGACCCCCCCCCCCCCCCUUACAUACACACAUUUCCACUACAGACAUAGUGCUGGUGGCAUCAUGCGUGGCUCGUGCAAUCCUCCAGAUAUCCAGUCUUGUGAUUUUUUGGUAGCAUUCCUGUAGAAAUGUGGUCUUUCUGUACCAUGGAAGUUCAAUAAAGACUCAACACUGGCGUUUUA